AUGUCUCCUCAAACUUGGCUCGUUACAGGCGCCUCAUCAGGCCUUGGCCUCCAUCUCGCCAUUGUCGCUGCAAAGCAAGGCAACAAGGUCGUUGCCACAACGCGCUCACCGAAGAAAGCCCAGCAAACUCAAGAAAAGAACAUCAGCUUCGCUUACCUUGACCAGAAUGAGCCUCUGGACAAGAUCAAGCAAGAUAUGAACAACAUUAUUUCAUCACAUGGUCCAAUCGAUGUCAUCGUCAACUGUGCGGCUUACGUCCAAAUGGGGGUUCUGGAAGAUCUCUCGCCUGAAGACACACAUCAACAAUUCCAAACAAAUGUUUUCGGAGCACUGAAUGUAUACCGCGCCAUUCUUCCUCACAUGAGGAGCAGAAAAUCCGGAACUCUGGUAACCAUCGGAUCAAUGGCCGCAUGGUUUGCUCAUCCAGCCGCCAGUGUAUACAAUGCCUCCAAGGCAGCUCUGCGCUUGCUCAGUUUUGGUCUUGCUGCUGAAGUUAAGCCACUUGGCAUCAAACACUUGCUGGUCGAGCCCGGCCGAUUCCGCACAGAGUUGUUGAAGCAGAAUGGAGAUUUCAGAUCAAUAAGUGGGAGCAACGGCAUCGCGGAUUACCGAGAGAUCAGCGAAGAAAACCAGCGCGUCAUUGCGUUUGAGGCCGACAAGCAGCGAGGAGACCCUGUCAAGGGUGCUCAGGUCAUCUACGACGUGGUUACGUCCAGUGGCGUAGCUAAGGGCAAAGAAAUGCCUUCGUUCUUGCCCUUGGGUGUUGAUGCCAUCGAGGACAUCACUGCAGCCGCCCAGGCUGCGAUUGAUGUGUGUCAGGAGUGGAAAGAGAUUGCUAGCUCCACGGAUUUGGAUUUGUAG